GUAGACAAGGAGCAACAGGAACCUUUUCAAGCAAAUGGAACUGAGAGAACCACAAUCAUGGAAGUGAAACAAGACGAUGAUAUCAUUACUCUAUCACGUGAGGGAGAUGCUAAUUUCGCCGACGAUGAUAGUAAUGCUGAAGAAAAAGAUGAAGAACCAAUUUUAAGCUCCGAUGACUCAAUAAAAGAAGAACAAGACUCAACAGAGAGCGAGGUCGGGGAGAGUACUGAUGAUCAGGAGGACGGAGGUGGCGAUGACCACAUUUUCGAGGACCGCGUUCGCGAUGGACACAGUGGUGGGGCUCGUGAUGGCGAGGACCGCGAUCACGAGGACGAGGAGGGUGGAUAUCACGAGGGUCCCGGUCAUCAGGGUCAGUUCGUGUAUGUCAAUUCGGAUGACGAGGUUACAAUCACUAGAGCUGGUGCUGGUUUUAUCACACCGGCAUUCUAUGAGAGGACGGACACAACUAGCAUGUCGUGGGGCAAAGUCUCAGCGACGACGAAGGAGUUCUACUAUCGAGAGUUCAAGAAAAAUGCUAUAGUGGAUCCGUCAAUCGAUGAGGGCAGCCUGUGGAAAGCUUUUCUCAAGAAACCUGUUGAACGGUACGUGAAUUUUACGUACAAUCAAAGGAACCUAAGUCGAUUGAAGAAGAAGAAGAAGGACCCGAGGCCAUUUGAGCAGUUGAAGAAGGUUUGGGAAGAAGAUCCGGAGUUUCCAGAGUUGAGUAAGACUAAGAAGAAGAACAGAAUGAAGGGAAAAGAGGAUGGUCCUGCUCUUGGGACGUAUUUUGGAGGUUCAGUUCCAUUUUCUGAAAAUAUGAAUCGAUUGGCGCAAUUCUUCGAACUAUACGAGGAGGUUAGACAGAAAGGGCUGCAAGUCACCGACCAAGAAAUAUGGUACUCGCUAGUUGAUGGCCAUAAUGCAAAGAACUGCGUUCCUGGAGUUAGUGACUACGAGCGGGAAAUGAGGAAGAUGAAUUCGUCCUCCAAACCUCGCCGUUCCAGCACGAGUAGUAGAAGUACAGCGGAGAUGGCAACACUUAAAGAGCAAAACCAAAGACUGCAGGAACAAAUUGAUAGUCUACCCUCAAACUUGUCGCUGACGAUUCAGGAGGAGAUAAGGAAGCUAUAUGGUGGUAACCUUCCUUGAUGAGGCGAUGAUGAUGGAACGGGAGGGGCAGGGCAGCCCGGGAUUUGUUGAGACCUUUACGACCUUAGCUUCCUCCAUUUUGAACACUUGACACUAACACUUUAAUAUCUAUUGUUAGAACAUAAUGAAUUAUGUUACAUUCG